UUCACCGUGACAGCACCGCCAGCCACAGAUAUCUGGAGACCGAACGUGACCGCAGACAACUUCACAGCACCCUACGUCUACCGCGUGUGCAAGACGUCGGAAUUCCGGCGGAUUUCUGUCACAAUCAGUGCCAACUGGAAGACUCGAUACGAUCAAGGCGGCAUUGCCAUCGUCUGGCCUGGUAAGAAGCCUUGGAAAUGGCUCAAGACUGGGAUCGAGUUCGAGAAUGGAGCUCCUCAGCUCGGCACCGUGGCUACUUAUGCUUUCUCGGACUGGAGCUUGAGUCCUGUUGUACCCAAGAAGACGACGACUUCGAGUUUUCUGGUAGAGCGAAAUACUACAGAGAUGUGGGCGUAUAACGUUGUUAAAAACGAGAGGUAUCCAUUGCGGGAAGUGACUUGGGUAGAUCGAGGCAAGAAGAAUGCCAAUAUGUGGGUUGGAGUCUAUGUAGCGAAGCCAACCUACACAAAUGGG